AUGGAUUCUUUAUCACUUAAUUCCACAGCCGCACUCACCACCGCUGUCCGCCGUGGUACGGCCCCCUCCGAAAAGCAAUCCAUCACUUCUCCAACACUUAGCGAGGUCAACACCUCUCCUGAUCGUCCUCUCCGUGACAUCCCAGGUUCCUAUGGAAUUCCAUUUUUCGGGCCAAUCAAAGAUCGACUCGAGUUUUUCUAUGGCACCGGCGGCCGAGACGAGUUCUUCAGGUCCCGCAUCCAGAAAUUCAACUCCACGGUGUUCCGUGCAAACAUGCCACCUGGCCCUUUUGUCAGCAGCAACUCAAAAGUCAUCGUCCUCCUCGACGCCAAAAGCUUUCCUAUUCUCUUUGAUGUCUCCAAAGUCGAAAAGAAAGACCUGUUCACCGGAACUUACAGGCCUUCCACCAAACUCACCGGCGGCUACCGUAUACUCUCAUACCUCGACCCUUCUGAGCCUAGACAUGCUCAGCUUAAGAACCUCCUGUUCUUCAUGCUCAAAUCUUCAAGCAGCAGAGUAAUUCCUCAAUUCGAAACCACUUACACCGAGCUUUUCGAGAGUCUCGAAACAGAGUUAGCCAAAAACGGUAAAGCUCCAUUCAACGACGCCGGUGAGGUAGCAGCUUUCCGGUUUCUAGGCCGGGCUUACUUCAACUCCAACCCGGAAGAAACAAAUAUCGGAAAAGAUGGUCCAAAGCUGAUCACCAAGUGGGUGUUAUUCAAUCUCAGCCCGAUCCUCACCGCCGGACUUCCAUGGUUUUUGGAGGAGCCUCUCCUCCAUACUUUCCGGCUACCGUCAUUCCUGGUAAAGAGUAGUUACAAGAAACUUUACGAUUACUUCGAGUCAGUUGCCACUACUGUUAUCGGCGAAGCUGUAAAAUCAGAGAUUCCAAAAGAAGAAGCAUUACACAAUAUCUUGUUCGCUGUGUGCUUCAAUACUUUCGGUGGUGUCAAGAUCCUAUUCCCGGAUACACUCAAAUGGAUCGGGCUUGCCGGUGAAAAUUUGCAUACCCAGUUGGCGGAAGAGAUCAGAGGUGCUAUAUAA